AUGAAGCCUAAUAAGACCGAGCAGAACACCGCCCUCCACUUGGCCGCUCGCCACGAGAAUCUGGACAUGCUCCGUGCUGUGUACCGCUUGUUCUGUCGUGGAUGGCUUCCCGGAUACGAGAGUUUCGGCCGGGAGCCUGAGGAGGAUGCGACCGACCGACUUGACGAAGAGGAGUUCGGGCCGCCGCUUGUGUUUCUGCGGACUCAGAACGCGGCGGGACGCGACGCGGCUGCCGAGGCGCGUGCAGUUGGGAGGGAGGACAACGCGAGGUGGUGCGACGAGGUCCUGGGCCGACUUGACCCAGAAGGAAAGUGUCGAACUCGCGGGGCGAUGAGGAAGAUUACUGAAUAUGUGCACUAUAUUCAGGGAAUGGACACAAAUCGAGGUCGCUUACAUAUGUGGAAGAGUUCGCGGUACAACGCCACAGGGUCGGCCGCAUUUACGUAUGUUAACAUGAGCAUGCGGGACCGUGGCUUCGGCCCCUGGGUUGGUGACGCGGCCGCCUGUGCUACUUUCAGAUCUCAAGUCAAGGCCUCAAUUUGA